CCCAUUCACAGAGAACCCGGCUCGUCCACAGGACGUUCCGCCAGCUGUGAGACACGGUUCGGAUGAUGUCAUUCACUUUCUUUUGAGCAGUUUUCACGAGACCGGAGGACACCGUUUUUUUGUGUGUUGCGGUGAGAGAUACGAUUGGGAAGGGGAGGAAAUCUCAUCGAACGGACAGAGACAGAGGACGGUAGUUGACUACCUACGGCAAAACGACACGACUCUAACGGUCUGUCUGUGUGAUGAGGGCCACAUCAUCCACCACUGAUACCGUCUACGCUGUUGCUAGCUUUUCACCACACAGCCGACAAGCCAAAAGUGAACCGUAAAACAAUACGUGAAUCUUUAGCCAGCUAGCUUUUAUAUACUAUCUAUUUUGCCAUACAGCCUUCAGUGGCCGCAUUUGAGAGAAAAGUGAAAUUUAGGUGGCUCUCGACCUGGCUGACAUUUCCGGAUUCGAACACUCGCAUAUUCAUCCUCCCAGUGGUGUUGUUUUAGCGUCUCAAUAUACACGCAAUUGAUCGCUAUUUAUGUGACAACGGAGGCAAGCAAAGUGAAACUAACGCUAAUCAUCAUUUGAUUUCCAGAGGACCUAUUUUUCUUGCUUUGGGAAUAGAAAUGGGCCGUGUUCAACAGUUCUGUAAAUGUCUAGCUCGAGCUAGCUACUGUAGCAAGCUAUCUCCGGUCGGGAUCUAGUACCGUUAUGUGCGUGCCUGUGGUCUUUACAGUCAAAAAGCGAAACAUUCGUCGUUCACGUUUCGCUGCCUUGAUAUUUGAUACAGUAUUUUUUUCAACAUCUACAAUCGAGAUACCCUUGGCUUUGGAAAGGGUAGAAUUCUUGGACCGAUUUUUUUGUUUUGGCCGAGGCAUGAGAGACAUUCGAUCCAUCCUUCUAUCCCGGUGCUCCAUCCAAUACGGCGCAGUGUGAGUAGCCCAUCCGGGAAGCGCACAUCAGCAGAAUCGCAUCCUAUAUGCACCUUUGGGGUGUCGGGGGGCUGAAGGUGCUACUAUAACAUCGGAGCGGGAGGACGUUGCCUUCCCAUCUCAGGAUUAAACCAUGGCCAAUGAACCUGUUAUCCUUAAUGUGUAUGACAUGUACUGGAUCAACGAGUACACUUCCACUCUGGGUGUUGGAGUCUACCACUCAGGCAUUGAGAUCUAUGGCCGAGAGUUUGCAUAUGGGGGCCACCCGUAUCCCUUCAGUGGCAUAUUUGAAAUCAAUCCUGGAAACGCCACUGAAUUAGGAGAGACCUUCAAGUUUAAGGAGGCUAUCGCUUUGGGCACAACAGACUUUGCAGUGGAGGAUAUGGAUAAAAUCAUGGAGGAGCUGGGGAGGGAUUUCAAGGGCAACUCUUACCAUCUAAUGCACAAGAACUGCAACCACUUCUCAUCCUCGCUUUCUGAGCUGUUGUGUGGGCGUGAGAUCCCUCGCUGGGUGAACCGUCUGGCCUACUUCAGCUCCUGCGUGCCCUUCCUCCAGACCUGCCUCCCCAAGGAGUGGCUGACCCCCGCUGCCCUGCAGAGCCACAUCAGCAUGGGGCUCCACAAGGAGGAGCGGGAGGCCGGAGAGUCCAGCGACGAGGACCCCAACUCAGCCUCUGGGACCGCUGGGGCGGGCACCGGAUCCUCACACAGCUGUCGCCAUACACGGGUCUGAGCCAAUGACUGUAUAGGUCUGAAGAGAACAGCCAAAUAGGACUCUCUCAAUUACCUUUGACCUUCGAACCAGAAGGUCACCUGGUCCCCUCUGCAGGGGAUGUAGUGAUGUAAUAUCUGUGGGCCUGACUGAAUAACCACCUGACCUCAUAGUACCACCCCUGAGAACAGAGACGAAGACGACGGAUGAUUAGCUAGCCUGGUAGUACGGGCUGGAGGGUCCUGCAAAACCUCCAGAUCCUUAGAUCCUUUCCCUGGUUUUGUCCCUUUUAGAUAUGGUAGAUAUAUUCCGGAGGGGGAUUUGUUAUAGGUUUGUUGACAAACUAACUCAGAGCAUGGCAUGGCUCUUUUAGAUUGACCACAGCUACAUGAUGUACUGUAGGUCUGGGCUACUUUCUGGUCAUUUCUCCUUUUUCCAUGAACUUUUACAUUUUUUGUCAGCCUUCAUCCCCGAUCCACCCUGAUUCUCUUCUUGCAGAGCUCCUUCUAUUGUAGAGUGAACGGCUAUCAGACACCACAAAGAUAAAUCUCAAUGAACGUCCCAAAUGGAGCCCUAUUCCCUAUAUAGUGGACUACUUUAGACCAGAGCCCUAUUCCUUAUAUAGUGCACUAUUUUAGACCAGAGCCCUAUAGAACCCUAUUCCCUAUAUAUAGUGCACUAUUUUAGACCAGAGCCCUAUAGAACCCUAUUCCCUAUAUAUAGUGCACUACUUUAGACCAGAGCCCUAUGGAACCCUAUUCCCCACAUAUAGUGCACUACUUUAGACCAGAGCCCUAUAGAACCCUAUUCCCCACAUAUAGUGCACUACUUUAGACCAGAGCCCUAUGGAACCCUAUUCCCUAUAUAUAGUGCACUACUUUAGACCAGAGCCCUAUGGAACCCUAUUCCCUAUAUAUAGUGCACUACUUUAGACCAGAGCCCUAUGGAACCCUAUUCCCUAUACAGUGCACUACUUUAGACCAGAGCCCUAUGGAACUCCAUUCCCUAUAUAUAGUGCACUACUUUAGACCAGAGCCCUAUGGAACCCUAUUCCCUAUACAGUGCACUACUUUAGACCAGAGCCCUAUGGAACUCCAUUCCCUAUAUAUAGUGCACUAUUUUAGACCAGAGCCCUAUGGAACCCUAUUCCCUAUAUAUAGUGCACUAUUUUAGACCAGAGCCCUAUAGAACCCUAUUCCCUAUAUAGUGCACUACUUCAGACCAGAUCCCUAUGGAACCCCAUUCCCUAUAUAUAGUGCACUAUUUUAGACCAGAGCCCUAUUGAACCCUAUUCCCUAUAUAUAGUGCACUAUUUUAGACCAGAGCCCUAUGGAACCCUAUUCCCUAUAUAUAGUGCACAAUUUUUUGUUGUUGUUGUUGCAAGGGCCCUUAUGGCUCUGGUCAAAAUAAGUGCCCAAUCCAGGGCAUAGUGUUCCAUUUGGGACGACGCCUGAGACUACUGGUAUUGUGACGUUAGCAGGAUGUUACUUGCUGCUCACUUCAAGAGGUACUUAACCUCACUACUUGGGCCUUCAGUCUUAACUUCAAAGAUGUUUUGCUAUGUUUAUGUGUGUGUGUGUGUGUGUGUGUGUGUGUGUGUGUGUGUGUGGGGGGGUUAAUAUUCUGGCCAUUUUGUGGACGUUGUAGUGCACUAUAUAUAGUGAUAUGAACCUGAUAUAUAGUGAUAUGUGCUCUGUUUAGAAGGAGUAAUUACAUGUGGGAUUUAAACCAGCACAUUUCUGUUAAAUGUCAUUCUUAACUGAAAAUGAUGUGCCAAGAGCAAAGGAUUGGACAAAAGUGAAGACAUCCAAAAUUAGUUUUGGACCAUAUUGACUUCAAUGAUUACAUUUGACCAUAUUAGUAUUAUAUAUUUGGGUGUUAUUUGUCUAUUUCAUGGUCUCAUGUAUUGUUUAACAAGACAUUGCCCCCCCCCCCCCAUAUAAUUA